AAUGAUUUUUACUCCAAUUUAUAUAGCGAUGACUUUCAUCAAAACUUGGCGCAUUCGUUCAUUCAGAUCUCGAUUAUUGGAGUUCUUGAGUGGUAACACAAGUGUGGCCUUCUGUAAAGUUCCUGAAAAUGCUCCAGAGACCCCAACGCUCAGUUCAAAAUUAUGUACUAACCCAAAGAAUGCAUAUCUAUGUGAUCUCCUUGAUUAUACUAAUGCAUCACGGAUAUGCAGCAUGAAGCCCACACAAUGCAUUGAUAUAAACGACUGGGUGGCAUGUACUGGUGGACUGCCUUUAGGAAACGAAUACAAUUUACCUAUCGAUGAUCUUAAUGUUGAAGUGCUUUUUGAAUGCGAGAUGGAUCCGCACGGGGAUAGCUCAUAUCAAAAUAUAAUAACUUUGGAAUCGAUGGGUCAACCUAUAGCUUGGAAGGCCGGUUCGCAUUUAGCUAUUGUAUUAAAAACGAACAUUGAGCAUCUGAGUCUGGUCGGCUUCCAUUUUGUUGGUGGGGAAUUCAUUAUUGAUCACAAGUUGCCCGUUGUUAGGAUACAAACUGUCAAACUUUCCGGGGAGCCAAAUAAAGCUGUCGACUUAUCAAUGCGAGGACUCCGUAGUGAAAUUCAGCAUAGUUUGAAAUUAUCCCACGAGGAAUUCCAAUGGUCUCUCCACGCGGCGCUCUUAAGGAAACUUUCGAAGGUCGUUGACAUUAAGUCAGAAAGAAGGAGCAUAGAAAUGAAUGGGGGCAGUGAUAAGGUUAUAGACACGUCACCAAGAAAGAAAGUCACGCUUCACGAUGUCAGUACAAUCACAACUAAAUCACUGGGAGAGGAAGAAAAGCCGGAUGUAUCGAAAGAAUUGAGUGCAGUUGAAGUGAAGCCGGAGAAAACUGAGAUACUUGUCGAGAAAAUUGUGAAGGAAAUCGUCCAUAAAUCACCAGAAAGGAAAAUAAGGAGGUCUCCAGAAAAGAUCAUAAACAAAUCACCAGAAAAGAAGCUGGUGGUGCCAGAAAACGGUGAACUAGUAGUGGAAAACGUGACCGUAGAAAUACAACAUAACAUAACACCAAAAAAAUCCAGUCUCAAGUUGGAUCUCAAGAAGGGCACGAGCCAAGCUUCCUCGUCGCUGCUCAACAUCUCCAGUCAAAUUAAAUCAAUUACGACACACAAAAGAGUAGUCAGCACGACCGCGCCGAGACGUCCACAGAGUUCGGCUUCAAAUUAUUCAAACGUCAAAGAGGAUACACCAAAGAGUUCGCCCUCGCAGAUGACGCCCAAGUCAGCCAAAAGUUCCCGUCCGUUAGUGAAUACUAAGUCCCUGAACGUUUUAAUAUAUUCCGAUAGUGUAGUGGCUAGGGAUAACCUGGAAUCGUCCCUGAGGAAAGUCUUAGACUGUGAUCGGUAUACAGUAUACAGCGUGUCCGCGGCUUCUCUCCUUGGAGGUGCGUGGCGUGGGCGGGCGGCGUUAGUGGCAGUGGCAGGUUGUGCUGGAAGGGCGGCACCCUUACUGCUGGCACACCUGUUAGACGGCGGAAGACUUCUGGCUCUCUGCUCCGACCUGCUGCACACUGUGCUACCUCACUAUAAGACCGCUGAGAUAAGGGAAAACGAGGUGGUUCAAUUCUCAUACGACAAAUGGGAGUCGGUUAAAAUGAAACACCACAUAUUCUGCUACCAGGCGUCGCCAGCAAAGAAACAGUUCUCAACUGAGAGCGACAGACAAGCCAGUCAAGACGCUAAUAUGUGUUGGCCAUCCAAAUACACGGGUCAUCCAGGUCAUGAGCUGGAUAUCCAGGUGUUAGCUUCUGAAGAGACCUGGAGGACGCCAUCACUGCUGCAAGCCACUGACACGACUAACAAAGGAAUGGCCAUUUUCUCGCAGAUCCACUUAGAAGCUGAUCCCUGUGACUAUCUCGGGGAGGAAGGUGUGAGGAGCAACGAGGCCAGGAUUGAAAUACUCCACAAGAUACUAGGAGACGUUCUCGGCCUACACGUUAAAGAUCCCAAAGAACUCACCACCGUCGAAUACACCAGGGGAUACUUCCUGGGAAACCACCUGCAAAAGAUCUCGCUAGUGGAGGCGUGGUGUGGGGGUGUCGGGGGUGCGACAAGGGUGCAGGAUGUGGGGGGUGUGAGGGUGCAGUGGUGCGGAAGGGGGGAGGAGGGUGAUCCCCCCGGGGAUGCCAGCCUGCCGGUGUCACUCUACGAGUGUCCAGAGAACUUUGACACUGUUGAAUAUUUUGAUAAUCUUACCUCAAGAUCGCUAGGCCGCCUUUUGAUAUACGCGGAUGUGUUGGCCAGCACUCAAUUCAUCAGCGGAUGUUCGCUGGCUCAUGGCGUGGGUGCGACUGCGAGGAGACAGGUCAAGGGUCGCGGCAGAGGAGGAAACACCUGGAUCACACCACACGGACAGGCCGCCAUUACUGUACAGAUAUGGCAGAAGAUUUCGCCCCUACUACCAUUAUACCAGCACGCGGCUGCGCUCGCCGCCACGAGGGCUGUACGACUACAACACGGAUACGAUCAGAUAGACAUACGUAUAAAAUGGCCGAACGACAUCUACUACGGGCGGGAGAUGAAGGUGGGCGGCACCAUCGUCACGGCGAACUGCAUCGGCGAUGACGUCAUCAUCGGCAUCGGCACGGGUAUGAACGUCACUAACAAGGUGCCGACGACCUGUCUCGAUGAUAUAAUAACGGAUUACAACAAGAGCCGCGGCACAUCACUAGCGUUGAUAUCGAUAGAAAAGUUCCUCGCCCGAUACUGUUCAGAAUUGGAAACUAUUCUGGAUGAUCUUGAGAAAAAUGGCGUGGAGGGAUUCCUUGAGGAUUAUUAUAAAUACUGGAUGCAUUCUGGCGAUGAGAUCACAAUAACCGACGCCAGCGGGUCCGCCGUGCCCGGGGUGGUCAGAGGCGUCGACGAUGCUGGCUGGCUGUUGGUACAGACAGGAGGCGAAGCCGGGGGGCGAAGCGAUAUAGUGCGGGUGGCGCCCGACGGCAACACCUUCGACAUCAUGGCCGGCCUCAUUGCACCCAAGUGUUAGAAUAAGCGUAGUGUGCGGAGAUGUUGUAUGUGUUACGAAUUAUUCGUUGUGUUUGAUGUACAUAGCUUUAAGAUAUUUGAUUUUGUGGUUGUUCGAAUUUGUUAUUUAUAAGUUUGUUAUUUAUAUCAAGAAGUGUUAUGAGACCUACUUUUCAUGCUGACCCAUCACAUUCAAUAUAAAUAAUCAAUGUACACAAAGCUACUAGGUCAUUUGUUAUUAGAAAGAAAGGAGGUACUUGACUAGAAAAUGUAUAGAUGUGUAUUAUUGAUGAUGUGACAUUGAUCAAUUAUAUCGAUAAAUAGCAACGCAGCUCGCAAACAAAAAUAGUGUAGAAAGCUUUGUUAUGAAUGUUUUUUUUUUUUAUAAUUUUAUAUAAGUACCAAACCAAAAAGUUUUAAUGCUUACAUAUAAACUUUUUUGGUUCGGUGCUUAUGUAAAAGUCAGUUAUAUUUGUUUGAAUAAAUAUUGAUAGUGUUAUAAGUGUCUGUAAUAUAAUUGAAUGAAUGAAAUAUUGAGGAAAAUUAAAAAAAAACGAAUGACGCUUAUUUUUAUGUUGGCAUUAAAACCGCAGACAGAAGUUACGUACCAUUACUAGCUGUGCGACAAAUGUUUAAGAGAAAAAAAGGUGCGUGGCGUCGUAGAGCGAGAAAAAAUAUAUUCUCAUUUUAGAAAUAGUGAGUGACAUAAAAAAUAAUGUUUCCAUAGCAACGGAUAUUCUGAUAAUGCUACCUAGUUUGUAAUAUGUAUUUAAAUCAGAGUUACUGGAAUUUGUCCAUUUAUUAUAAGAUAUAUGUUUUAUGAUCAUAUCGUGUAACAUGUCAAAGCUGUGACACUGCCAGCGCGCGAGCUCGUGGAGAACUGAUGAAUCGGAAAGAUUGUAUAGGGAUACUUGAAUUGUAUAGGAGUAUUAAUGAUGUUGAGUAAUAUUCAGUGCUGUGUGACGUCAUCGGGUUAUUUCAUUGCAGACGUUACGUUUGUGAUAAGUAAUAAAGUUUAUUAAUUAUAUUGAACGAUAAAAUCACGAGGAUUUUAGCCGCGGAUUGCUAACGAUAUUGUAUUUGUAUAGAACUUUGUUAGUGUUCUUAGUAUGAGCGUUCAUUGUCUAACUAAAUACCAACCGUUUCAAUGUAUCCUUCGAUCUAUGCCUUACAACGAGUUUCCAUUUUCACGUUUAUAAAUUUACACACGACAGCAUCGUUGUAGGUUUGUAAGAGAAAAACUACAAAGCAGACCCGUGGUAAGGAUAAUUAUAUAUAAAUGUGUAUUUAUGAAUAAAUAACGUUAAAUUCGACGGUUUGAUAAUGAAUUCUCAUAUUAAGGCUACAAGGAAUUGUUAUUUAAUACACUGACGACUAAUUUUUUUUAUUAUUAUUAAAAAAUUUCUUAGAAAAAAAAAAUGAAAGUCUUUCUUAGGGUGUCAAUUAAAUUAGGCUCUCGUGUAGUCGAAACUCAGAACUGUCUCAGUCUAGAUAAGGCUUCUUUCAAAUUUUUUUAUCAGUUCCAUAAAACUUAAUUGAAACCUAACAUUUGACAUUUUACCUAUUAAAGGUUAUAUUUGUCUGUAAAAACAACUUAUAUAUUGUAUUGUGUGUGCAACAUGGGAUCUUUUCAUGUGCUCAGACAAUUGUGUAGCGCGUUAAUCAGAUAAAAUUAAUAUUGAAAGCCUCUCUUCAGAUACAUCUACCUCAGAUAAACUUCCACAAAACGGUUCCUGCUAUAAGAUCUGUGUUACCACAAGUGUCAUAGACAAACUCCGUAUGUAGUUUCCAGUUGUCAUUUAAUAACCAGCGUAGGUUUUUGAAUAAAGAACUGUAAACGCUCAGUUUGUAGUCUGAGAUGCAAACUCAUGGUAUGCUACUGUUAGUCAUUCAUGUCACCUGUUAUGAUCUCUAUUGUGUGCGCAUUAAAGUCUAGAAUCUAAUGUUUCUUUGAUUGUCAUUUAAUAUAUUAAUUCGUAAUUCCUAGAUAGAUUUAACAGCUUUAAUAUACAGUACAGCGUUUUAUAAAUUUUGAUUAUUGUAUUACAUUUUUGCAGCAUCGUAUUGACUGAUAGGAUUUGAAAGUUUAGUAUAGUUCCUCCGUGGAAGAAGUUACAUUUUUCAUUCCAAAGCUAAAAUAGGUUUUAUAUGAUCCAAAGACAAUUUUUUUUUUUAUAUUAAUAUAUAUUAAAUUAUUAGCAGAACUAAAUAGUACUGUUUUUUUUUAUUUGUAAAUUUGGUGCUUAGCAUAUAAUUGUGAUAUUAUUUUAGAUGAUUUAAAAAUUAUUAUAUCAUAAUAUUUGUUAUUAACACGUGAACUCCGCGCGCUUAUUGUAAAUGUUUUAUGUGAAUUAUUUCUGAUGUAUUUUAAUGUUAAACGCUCGACCUUCACAUGACUGAGGAGUUGUAGUUAGUUGUAGUUUAGAAUUCUAUUGUUAUAUCAAACAAAAUGUGCCUAAGACGCAUAUAAAGAUAAUUGUAAUGUUUUUGGAUAUCUCGAAUAUUUAUUCUAAAACAUAAUUAAGACACUGUUGUUCUUUGAAUUUAUAUUAUUAUAUUCUAGUAUCUUAAAUGUUAUCAAACGUUCACUUAUUGAACCUUAGCUGUUGUGAUGUGUUUUUGUUAAUAUUGAAGUCUCAAAUCGUUUAUUCCCUGUUAAAGUUACACUUUAAGCGCAUGUUCAAAUAUAUUAUUUCAGAUC